AUGGAGCACACACACUUCCAUCUCACCAACAGCUCGCUCCUCUCGCACCACCGCUAUGCCUGCGGCUUGGGCUUCGUGCCGGUCGUCUACUAUAGCCUCCUGCUCUGCCUUGGCUUGCCAGCCAACAUCUUAACUGUGAUCAUCCUGUCCCAGCUAGUGGCACGUAGACAGAAGUCAUCCUAUAACUAUCUCUUAGCCCUUGCUGCUGCUGACAUCAUGGUCCUCUUCUUCAUUGUGUUCGUAGAUUUUUUGCUGGAAGAUUUUAUUUUAAACAAACAGAUGCCUCAUGUUCCAGACAAAAUUAUAGAAGUUCUGGAAUUUUCUUCCAUUCACACCUCCAUUUGGAUUACUGUCCCAUUAACUAUUGACAGGUAUAUUGCAGUCUGCCAUCCACUCAAAUACCACACUGUCUCCUAUCCAGCUCGCACUCGGAAAGUCAUCAUAAGUGUCUAUAUUACCUGCUUUCUGACCAGCAUCCCAUAUUACUGGUGGCCCAAUAUAUGGAUUGAAGACUAUAUCAGCACGUCUAUGCACCACAUCCUCAUCUGGGUUCAUUGCUUCACUGUGUACCUGGUGCCCUGCUCCAUUUUUUUCAUCUUAAAUUCUAUCAUUGUAUACAAGCUUAGGCGAAAAAGCAAUUUCCGACUCCGUGGCUACUCUACAGGAAAAACCACAGCUAUCCUGUUCACCAUUACAUCCAUUUUUGCCACACUUUGGGCACCCAGAAUCAUAAUGAUCCUCUAUCACCUUUAUGUGUCACCUAUCCACAAUAGCUGGCUGGUGCAUAUCAUGUCAGACAUUGCCAACAUGCUGGCCCUGUUGAACACUGCAAUCAACUUCUUCCUCUAUUGUUUUAUCAGCAAGCGAUUCCGUACCAUGGCGGCUGGAACACUCAAAGCUUUCUUUAAGUGUCAAAAGCAGCCUGUCCAGUUCUAUACCAAUCAUAAUUUCUCAAUAACAAGUAGUCCCUGGAUUUCACCAGCCAAUUCCCACUGUAUCAAAAUGCUGGUUUAUCAAUAUGAUAAAAAUGGGAAGCCUAUAAAAGUAUCCCCAUGA